UUAAAAGUGGUUUUCUAAGAUUCUUUGAGGACUCUUUCGUUUCAUAUUUUAUUGUGGCUUAUUGACAUUUCUCUCCGAUAAAUACCUGGAUACUCUUACGAUGUGCUAGAUGAUCAACAGGAUUUGAUAAUUACUUGAUAAGAUUACUAAUUUAAUUAAAACAUAAAUAAUAAUGAAAACAAUAAAAAAUUUUAAACCUAGAGCAGACACUUGCGCAUGCGCACAACUACUAUUAGAUCAACGGGCAUAAUUAAAAUUUUAAUAAUUAAUUAUAAAUAUAAAAACAAACAAACAAACGCUAUUUUUGGUGGGGUAUUAACAAACAAAUCAAGAUAAAUGGAAAAAAAAUUAAAAAAGAUAGAAAAUGAGUAUAGUCACCGCUAACUUCAAAUAAAUUUUUAAAAAUUUAUUUAAAAAAAAAUAAAGAACGAACAAAUAAUUAUUUAUAGCGAACAUUGACGAACAAUCGACGAACAAACGAAUUGCUAAAAAAAAUUUGCCAAAAAUCGAAUUCCCCCCGCCAACUUAAGGGAGCUGGAAAUAUCAACAACAUCUUAAAGAAUAAUGCAGUUAUGCCGAAAAAAAUUAGAAAACAUAAUGCAAGAACCUCUAUUAUUAGCACUAACAAAUCUCCAGUAAAUGAUAAAAAUUUUAUCACUCAUGUUAAUCAUCUUAAAAAUAUUAAAAUUAGUGUCGAUAAUGCUAAACGGUGGGAUAAACUCAAAAAACAAAUGGGAUUUAUUACAGAUGAUGAUCUCGUUAUUCAUUUACUUGACCUUGCUGAUUCUGACAGCCAAAAUAAUGUAUGCAAAACCAUUGCGCAAUCUCAAUCGAAUGAAAAUGAUACCAAUAAAUUAGGAAACGAUAAAUAUGAUGAUGAUGAUAAUAAUAAUGAGAGUAAUGAAAAUGAUGAAAUUUUUAAGACAUCUGUAAAUAAAUCAGGUGAAAAUAAUAAAUUAAUAAUGGCACAUUAUUAUAAAAAUAAAAGUAAGCGUAAAAAUAAAAUAAAACAUGAAGAUAAACGUAAUAUAAGAAAAAAAUUAAAAAAAAAUAAAGAUAAAAAUAAUAGUAUUAAUUUAAAUGAUAAUGAUACAUCAAUGGUAACAAAUAAUAUCGUAAAAUUACAUAAUGAAUUUGAUAUUUGUAGUAAUGGAGAUGAAUCUGUCAUACGUAAGACUGAUAAACGAGAUCAAACAGUAUUUGUUAAUGAUUUAGAUACUAAGGAAAAUAUUAUCAAAAAUGAUAAAAAUAGUUUUAAAAAUGAUAAUAAUGAUGACAUUAAAAAAGUAACAAAUUUACUACCAUCAGCAUCAUUAGCACUAAAAAAGCUCAAUAAAGAUAACAAUGAUUAUAACCAUUGUAAUUUUAAUUAUGAACAAGAUAUUCAUAAUAAUAAUAAUAAUAAUAAUAAUAAUAAUAAUAAUAAUAAUAACAAUAAAAAUGAAAGUAGUAAGGAAAAUAUUGAUAGUAAAAUAAUUCGUAAAAAACGAAAAUAUUUAAAUAAUAAUGAUUUAAGAGAAACUAAAGUAAUAAUAAUAUCAGAUAAUGAUAAAAAACAACAUCAACAACACCAAUUAUUACAAAACAAUGAAAAACAGGAUCGUAAACAAAAACCUAAAUAUAAUAAUGACAUAAAAAAAAAUCAUGAUGUAAGAAAAGUUCCACAAAAUGGUAUGAUAUCAAAUAAUUUAGAUAAAAGUGAAUUAAUAUUUGAAUCAUUCAAAGAUAAAACUUUACUAUCAUCAGUUAAUGCUGAUAAUCAUUCAAGCAAUGAAUUAAUUACAACAGCAACUAUUUGUAAUGAACCCAGAUUAGGAAUAAAAAUAUGUUCUAGUUGUAAUAGUAAACAUGUUCAAAGUGAAUGUCCAUUGUUAUUAUCACCAGUUAAAAAAAUUUCAGAUAUCAUUACGUAUCAGCAAUGGUUGAAAAAACAUUCGAGCAAUGGGGAAGUUAUGGAAGCAGUAACGAUGUCUUCAGAAGAUCCAAUAUCUGAAGGGUAUGGAUUACAAAGCAGUAAUUCUACCAGCAUUAUUAAUGUUGAUAAUCCUGAUCAUAAUAAUGAUGAUGAUGAUGAUGAUGAUUAUUAUGAUGAUGAAGAUGAUGAUUUCGGUUUAAAUGAUGAUUCUGAUAAUGAGUCAAUAAAGGCAUCAUCAGUAGAAUCAAAAUCUAACAUAAUUUUAAAUAAUGAAGGAAAAAAAAAAAAAUUAUUGAUUACUAAUGAAGAGAUUGAUAAGAGACCAUUGUAUUCACGUGAGUCAUUACCAGAAUGUUUAGAAUUUAAAAUUACUAAAAAAUCAGACCAUGGUAUUGGAAUUUUCGCUAAAAAUUUAAUUCCAAUUUAUGUUGAAUUUGGCCCGUUAGUUGGUAUUAAUAUAAAGGAAAUGGACAUCCCAGAUGAUUUUCCAAUGCGUCAUAUUUGGGAAAUAAUAUUAGUUAAUAGUAAUAAUAAUAAUAAUAAUAAUAAUAAUAAUAAUAAUAAUAAUAAUAAUAAUAAUAAUAAUAAUAAUAAUAAUAAAAUAUGUUAUAUUAGUACGACAAAUCCAUUAAAAAGUAAUUGGAUAAGAUAUAUGCGACCAGCUGAUAAUAAAGAUGAACGUAAUAUUGCUGUUGUUAAUAAAAAUAAUAAACUUUAUUUCAUUAGUAUGAUAAAUAUUAAACCAGGUAUUGAAUUAACUUACUGGAUUGAAUCACAAUCUACCGCUUGGAUGAGAAAAAAUAAAAAUGAUAAAACAAAUUGUGGGGGUUGUAAUUUAAAUUUUACACAUUCUAUUUAUUAUCGUCUUCAUUGUUGUAUAUUUCAUGAUACUAAUUACAGUUUAACUAUAAGAAAGUAUCAUUGUAAAGUUUGCGGUGCUGCUGUAUUAGGUAAAGAUAAUAUUAUGAAACAUGCAUCGGAAUUACAUUCUGGACGUGGUGCUUAUCAAUGUCAGUAUUGUAAAAAAUUUUUUUUACGAUUAAAUUAUUUAGAAAUGCAUAGAACUUAUGGAUGUGCAAAAAAUCCACAACGAUCACGACCAUUGUGUGAUUUUUGUGGACGUAAAUUUUGUCAACCACAAAAAUUAAAAGUUCAUAUUAAACGAAUGCAUAGUGAUAUAUCAGAAGUAUUGAAUGAAUUUCAAUGCAAAUCAUGUUUAAAACUAUUGGGAUCUCGUGCUGCUUUACAACGACAUAUGAAGGAGGUUCAUCAUAAAGAUGUGGUUGGCGCAGCAACUUGUGAUCGAUGUGGUAAAAUUUUUCAAAACAAAAGUAAUUUAAAAAUUCACAUGUUAACGCACAGUGGAGUUAAACCAUUUAAAUGUAAAGAAGAUGAUUGCAAAGCAGCAUUCACCACAAAACAAUGUCUUCAAUUUCAUUAUAAAAAAGUUCACGGCUUAACUGAAGAAAUGAUGCCAAAAAUAGAACGAUCUGUAGCAUAUACAUUUAAUGCUUACAGUGGUGGACUUGUUGAAGACAACAAUAACAGUAGCAACAGCAACAGCAACAAUACUAUUAUAACUAAUACCAAUGAAACACUCAAAUUAAAUCAAAAUAAUUAUCAAGAUAAAACUGAAGAUAGUUUGAAGAAUGAUAUAACUCUAAAUGAAUCUCAGUAUCAAUAUCAAGAGCAGCAGCAACCUCACAAAAAUUUAGCAAUUUCUCACGAAGAACUAACUAAAUCUGAUUUGUGUUUAAUAAAAAGUUGUAUUGAACUACAACAACAAAUUAAAACUUUACAAGAACCAUCACCGUUAUCACAUACUAAAUUAAUAAAUAAUCGCUCGGCAAUAUUAACUAUAAAUACUCCAAUAUUAUCAACUAAUCGUCAUCAGGAUCAUAUGAAUUUUAGUAGUAGUAGUAGUAGUAGUAGUAGUAGUAGUAGUAGUAAUAGUAAUAGUAAUAGUAAUAGUAAUAUAUCGACAUCAAGAUUACAAAGUAAAGGGAGUAAAAAAUGGAUGGGUGAAUUUAAUCUUCCAUUAACUAAAAUUACUAAGCACAUUACUCAAUCGACAGUAAAAUCUACCGAAAAUUUUCUCCAUAAUGAGUUUAGUAGCGAUGACGAUAAUGAUUAUCAGGAUAGUGAUGAUGAUAAUGAUAUUAAUAAAAGCAAAAAACAAUCUAAAUUAAGUCAACAAACUACUGUAGACGAUAGCAAGCUUAUCAUAAGUUCAAUUUAUGAACGAACUGAAAGUACAAAUGCUAGUUUAUUAGUUGAAGCGGCUCUUGAUGCCGCUGAAAGAGAUAUUGGAACAGUAGCAGUAGUAAUAACACCAACACCAACACCACCAACAACAACGAUAACAACAGUUGUUCCUAGUUCUGUUGUUGAUUAUUCUAAUCGUGAUCAAAAUUUCUACUCAACAAUUUCAAAUCGGCUACAAUCUCCUGUUCUUCCUUUUUCACCACUACCACCAUCAUCAUCAUCACUUAUUUCUAGAUCUCCUACUAUUACUGUUGAUGAAAAUAAUUUAAAAUCUUAUAUACAACAACAGCAAGAUAUAGUAAUGUCUCCUUUAUCUACUACUUUAAAUAAUAAUCAUCAUCAAAAUUCUUUAUCUCCAAAUAAUGUUAGUUCUGAUUUUAAUUUGCACCAUCGUUUAAUGGAUUGCACAAAUACCGGUGAUUCCGUGAAAAAUCAUAAUGUUGAUCAGUAUCUUCAUCCUCACCAUCAUCAUCAACAUCAUCGUCAUCAUCACAAUCUAAACCAUAAUCAUCACGAUAAUAAUGAAUCAUUAUGUAAUUCUUCAACAAAUAGCUAUAAUCAAUUAUUAUCUACACAACCUUUAUCUACCCUGUCAUCCACAGCCUCGAAUUCUCGUUAUCUCCAAAAUCAUCAUCAUAAUUAUCGCCAUCAUGAUUGUGAUCAUCGUCAUCAAGUAUCCACAGAAAAUUUAUCAAGUGAUGAAAAUGAUACUGUAGCACAAAAUUUAACUAUUUCUGUAAAAGAAAAAACUUUACAAUUAGAUUUGUCAACAUCUUAUAAAUAUGAUUCACUUGAUUUAGAUUUUAAUCGUGAUAUUAAUACAAAUACUAAUAAUAAUAAUAAUAAUAAUAAUAACAACAACAAUAAUAAUAAUAAUAAUAAUAAUAAUAAUAAUAAUAAUAAUUUUGAAUCAUUUAUAUUAAAUAAUAAUAACAGUGAAUUACAAGGUCUUGAUAUGUCGGCUCGUGGACUUAAUAGUUUCGGAUUACAAGUACAAAGUACACGUUAUAAUUAUCAGCAUAAUUCACUAAAUAUUGAUCAAAGUCAGAGCGUAGAUUUAAGAAAAACUUUAUCUAAUUCCAUUACUACUAUUACUAAUAAUUAUUCCACUUUAUCGUCAUCAUCACCAUUACCAUCAUCAUCACCGUCACCACUAUCACCAUCACCACCAUCAUCACUGCCGUGUUCACAUAAUGAUAUUCUACGAGUUAUUAGUUUAGAUUUAAUGUCUAGUGAUAGAUAUAGUGUUGAUUUAAGUUCGUCACGGUCUCAUCAUUUACAUGCAACUGCAACUACUUCUGAAGCAAGACCUCAACCACAAUCAUUAUCAUCAUCGCUAUCAUUACCAGGAGAAUCAAAUUCUAUGCAUAUUACACCUUCAGAUAUUGUAGAUGAUCGAAUGGUAGUUUCUUCAUCAUUUCCAUUAACCACUUAUAAUGUGCCAUCAUCUACUUAUCCGAUUAAUUCUGCGCCAUAUCAAUUAACAAAAUCUGGAUAUCAUCAUUAUUCAGUUUAUGCUUGGUGUAGUUUGGUGUAAUCUGAAACUGAAAGACCGCUGCACAUUACAGCAACCACACAGUAAAAGAGAAACGUGAAUGACCACUAUCAUUCUUUUGUGGAUGAGAAUCGAUACCUUGAUCCGUUCUUCUAUGGUCUCAUCACAUACAGUCAAGUUCAGUAACCGCGUAUUGCCAUGACAUGUGCAUUGUUAAUAUAUAAUUUGUAGAGAGAAAAAAAAACGAAUGAUAAUACUUUUUUUUAUUAUUAUUAUUUUAGUUUUAAUAAAUAUUUAAUAUAUAAAUUUCCAAUAUAAUUUAAAUGACCAAUAAUAUAUAUUAUAAAAAUUCUAAGAAAAUGCAAUAAAUAAGUAAUUAAAUAUAAAAUUGUAAUUAAAAUUUAUAAUUUACUCUUUAUUCAAUAAUUUUAUUAAAAUUA